GACUUCAUUUAGCUUCAGCAGGAACUUCUUAUAGAGGUAUAGAUAUUUUAGCAAAUACUGAACUUACAGUUUUAUCUAAAACUAUAUUAAGAUAUAAACAACAAAUUGUAUCUUAUUCAUCUUUAGAAUUAAGUAAAUUUGAUAAUAUAGAUAAUUUAACAAUUCAUUUAUAUGAUAAUACUAUUUUAGAACAUAAAAAUAAAAG